AUGGACCUGUCAUUUGGACAAGUGCUGACAGUCAGCAUCACUGCCACCUUAGCAUCAAUCGGGGCAGCAUCCAUUCCUAGUGCUGGGCUUGUCACUAUGAUGAUCGUUCUCACUGCUCUGGGUCUUCCUGUCAACGACAUCUCCUUGAUUAUCGCCAUCGAUUGGUUUCUGUAA